AUGCCUCCAACUUCAGCCUCUCUUUUCUCACCUAGUCGACCGACAACACGGGGCUCAGAUGAAAGAGCACGUUCUGAGAACUCAUCACCAGUACCUCAGGGCACGAGUUCCACCCUCUUACUUCCAAAUGUGCGAUCCUCCAUAUAUCCGGAUGGCGACUUUCGUAACAGCUCGGUCCUUGAAUUGCGAGAUCUCAAGAUGGACAUCAUGUGCAACUGGCUUCAUCACCAGCAAGUUGAGAAGAUGUGGUCAACUAAUGCUGAGGGAGAGGGCGUCAUGUUAAAAAGAGCAAAAGGCGACUACAAAUGCUGCCCGGAGGACCUACGGUCGAAUCCGGAAGGGGUUUUCGAGGCUGUACUGAAACUCAACUGUGCUAUGACGGUCAACACACGCAUCAUUCAGCUCUUUCUCAAAGACAACACCCUGAUCUACGUACCUCUUCCAUCUGGUCUUCGGUUGCAAGUCCUCCCUGAUAUUUCGCAACUACCACACUGCCAAAAGCACCAUUUCGCAGCUUUUAUCCGGGAUUCGGCUACCCUUAUUGUCUGGGACGACGAUCCAAAUCACAUCCUUCAAAGAGUUCAGAAUAUCGAAGAUCAACUUAUCCAAAUGAUAUGGAAGGAAAACCUUGAAGAGGAUGAAUCUUCUGUUCCCGGAAGUGCAAUGCCCAGCCAGUCCAAUGUCAAUCUACCAGAUGACGUCUAUAACGAGAGUGGAAAGUUCGCCCAAUCACCACGCAGGGUGGUUCUUAUUCAGCCAAUUCUCGCUGCAAUUACUCUUAUUCUUCUUAUCAGUGCAAUUGGGAGCGGUUGGCGUGAAAUUGCCAUUGAGAUCAAGGUGGACAAGGCAUGGCUUCGGUUGGCAUUUCUUGCAGUCGUUCCUUUGCAAUGCUGGUUAGCCCUUUUUUUCAUGCAAUCCAUUGCUGGCUGUAUUGCUCAAGUUGUUGGUCCGAUCAGUCAGAUGGACGAAAACACCCGAUUCUAUUCCGGACAGCCGCCAAUCCGUCUGUCAACUUCAGCAACACUACCGCACGUCACUAUUCAGUGUCCUGUCUAUAAGGAGGGCCUCUGGGCGGUAAUCGAUCCCACGAUCAAGUCUGUCAAGGAUGCAAUUUCGACGUAUGAGAUGCAAGGCGGUUCUGCCAACAUAUUCAUCAACGAUGACGGCAUGAGGCUGAUUAGUUCCCAUGAGGCACUGGAGAGACGACAGUACUAUGAUGAGCACAAUAUUGGCUGGGUGGCAAGACCAGGACAUCGUGAGCCAUUCCCAGCAGACCCCAGUAAACACUACAUUCGGACUGGCAAGUUCAAAAAAGCUUCCAACAUGAACUAUGCCCUAUCUGUCAGCAACCGCAUUGAGGAUAUCAUGGCGAAAACAGACCGGUCCGAUGACUGGGACCGUGAGAAAGAGCUAUUCAACUAUUGGCAAGCUCAUGGAAACAUUCUUGACAUCGAUAAAGGGCUUACAUGGGCCGGUGGCGAUGUCAGAGUCGGUGAUUAUAUCUUACUCAUUGAUUCCGAUACACGUGUCCCAGUCGACUGUCUCUUGGAUGCUGUGAGCGAGAUGGAAGCUUCGCCGCAAGUUGCCAUCAUCCAGUUCUCUUCUGGUGUUAUGAACGUUACAGACAACUGGUUCGAGAAGGGCAUUACCUUCUUCACGAAUCUUGUAUACACUGCCAUACAAUAUGCAGUGUCGAAUGGAGAUGUCGCACCUUUUGUCGGACACAACGCAUUCUUGCGCUGGAGUGCUGUACAAGAUGUCGCAUACCUUGAAGUCGACGUCAACGACGGUGUUGUUAAAGAAAAAUACUGGUCAGAGUCGACAGUCUCCGAAGACUUCGAUAUGGCACUUCGUUUACAAACUAAUGGGUACACUCUUCGUCUCGCAGCUUAUGCCGGUCAAGGGUUCAAGGAAGGCGUGUCCUUGACCGUCUAUGACGAACUGGCAAGGUGGGAGAAGUACGCCUAUGGCUGUAGUGAAUUGAUUUUCCAUCCGUUUAUCUACUGGCCCACCAAAGGUCCAUUUACGCCCUUGUUCCGCAACUUCAUUAUGAGCGGUAUGCCACUUCCAUCCAAACUAACGAUAAUGGCGUACAUCGGCACCUAUUAUGCCAUUGGCUCAGCCUGGAUACUUACCCUCCUCAAUUAUUGCAUCAUCGGCUGGUUCAACGGUUUUCUAGACCAUUACUACAUCGACAGCUUCAAGGUCUACUUCUCGAUCAUCCUAGUUUUCACCGCUCUGGGAAACUUCGCACUCGCCGUCCUACGCUACCGGGUUGAAGAAGCAAGCUUGCUCUCAGCCUUGUGGGAGAAUUUCAAGUGGAUCCCGCUGUUGACCGUGUUCCUGGGCGGCAUUAGUCUUCACGUGGCGCAAGCAAUUCUCAGCCAUCUCUUCAGCGUGGACAUGUCGUGGGGCGCGACCAGCAAAGAAGCCACCGACACGAGUUUCUUCAGGGAGAUACCCUUCAUCAUGCGCAAGUUUCGUGGCACAUUCGUCUUCUGUGCGGUCAUGAGUCUCGGCAUGAUUGUGCUGACUGGUGUUGGACCUCUGGGUGCACUCGUGCCUUAUGAUUGGCAGAUCAACUUCUUUACGGCGAUCUGGCCGCUGGCGACGGUUAUCGGUAAGCAAUGCAACCCUAGUCACUGGUGUUUGGUUCAUCGUACUGACUUUCCUGGCGGGUUGACAGCGUCACACGCCCUCUUGCCACUGGUGCUCAAUCCAGGACUGAUGCAGUUCACCUUUUGA